UGUUAGUUCUCUAGUUCUCCUUCACACUACAGAGAAUAAGGUAAAUUGAGUCAACUCGUAAGAUGGUAAGGCUUUUUGUCCUUCCCCUCCUAAGAUGGUAAGGCUUUUUAUCCUUCACCUCCUCUGUGUGUGAGGAAAUCUGGCCACGGAUCCUGACUGAGUAGCAUACCAUGACACUGCAGUUUCCAAAAUCGGACAAGGUUCCAUCUGGUUUUGUGACUCAGCCUGUCAUGGUAUGUAUUUAUCUUCUCAAAUAAACAAUUAGAAUAUACAUGUGUUCAUGCAAAUCACUUGUGGACAAUGAAGAAGCAUUUUGUCAAAUUGUGGUCAAGCAUUUUCAGGUGUCUGCUUUGUCAAUAGUCUAGUGCCACAUCUUUAGUAGCCAGUAGAGAUUGAGGCAGUAAUCCAUCUGUGGGCCUUGACCUGUCGCACUUGACCAGAGGUGAUGAGGGCUGCAGCAGAUUCCUGAAUCAGAGUACUCCAUGUUGGACACCACAACCUGGAGAAGUCCCGUCCUGGAUGGCUGCAGUGAGGACCUUGCCCCACGGUGAACUGACCCUUCGACGAUGACGCCUCUUGGCCACGGGAUGUCUUCCGAGCCUUAAGAUGCCUGGCAUUCACCCCGUGACCUGGACUGGGGCAGCAUUGGAAUUGUACAUAUGGAUUUGAUACAGAGGGCAGAUAAGCAAGUAGACAGAGUGGAGCCGUCCCUCGUACAGGACAGGAGGUGGAACUUUGGUCCUCUGCUUCAGGCGCGCUGCGUUUCUUUGUAUUAGGACAUAAAACAUUGAACUGCGAGCAAAAAGAGACACCAUGCUCAGGAUCUGUCUUCUCGCCUGUGUUUCCUUGAUAUUUGGUGUCACAGCAAAACCCUGGUCUUCAGAUGCAGGAUUACAGGAUACCGUGAUGUCGGAGGACAGAGGAGGGAUCCCUCGGGGAGUUGAGGUGGAACCCCCGGAGGACAUGGAUGAGACUGACUAUGACAUUGACCCUAAAAUGAUGAUUUGGAGCAAGAUGGAUGGACGGCACGAGAAGGCCGAAGCAGACUUGGAUGAACUGUACCAUCCUUCGAUGGCUGAUCUUCUCAAAGCCCAGAAUUUUGUCCCUGUUGUUGACAUCCAGGAAGAGCCUGUGCAGGAAGAUAAUAUUAUGAAGUACAAUGAGCGACCAGAGGAGGACAAGGAUGACAUCGACCACCCUGAUUUUGGUAAAAUGGCCCCAAGUGAACCUGAGCAGGACUGGGAUGAUGUCUACAACAGAGCAGUGGAGGAGCAGGGUGAAGUGCCUGUGGGAUACUCUGAACCAGAGCAGGAUGAGGAUGGACUGUAUCAUCAUGACAACCAGCCCGCACCUGUGCAGAUGGAGCUGCUGCUACGUGAGGUCCAGGAUAAAAAUGAGGUCAGAGUUCACCUUCUGCCAGAGGAGGACAUGGACUACCUGUACCACAGAGAUCCACCGCAGCCCAUUUCUUACCAAUAUGUUGCUGAAGCUGCUGCUGAUUUGCCUUUUCAGAGGAAGUACAGUGAACCAGAGGAAGAUCUGGAUGAAAUCUACCACCACUGAUGCCUCCAACAGACACAGAGAUCAACUCUUAUGUCAAAUCAGCCAAAGAUCAUUCACUUUGUGGUAUAGGUACUUCAACUACUACUAAUUCCAAGAUGUUAAGCGCAUGCAUGACUGUGUGCCAUAUUAUUUAUGUACAGCACAUAAACAAUAUGAAAUCAUAUCAGUCUCAAGUAAACUGGAAAUUGUUUUGGGGAUGAUUGAUAUUGAUUUGACUUCUUAUGUUGAGAGCAGAACAAAAAAGAAAAUCUGCUUUUUAUUAUCAUUUGAGACAUUAAAGUUGUGCCUGAAACA